GGAGCCCAGCUGGAGAAAUGAAAGAUCCUUUGACCAACCCAGUGAUUUGAGCACAGUUUUCCCUGGAGUUUGCUGUUUCAUUGUGCUUUGUUUGCAGCUUAGCCAAUGUUCUGUGUUGGAAUUUGCCUUUUUUUUCCUUUGAAUUGUUGUAUGAUUGUUUUUACACUUAACCUUUUUUGUAAAGGUAUUUGCAUUUUAUCCAUUCAAAUGACUGUACUUCCUUCUUACUUUUGUUCUGUAUUGAUCUCACUGUUAUUUUAUUAACAUUUGCAUCCUGAAGUAGGCUGGCUUUGGUGGCAUACUGAGACAUGAAUUAAAGCGUGCAGCUAAUUUGCUCAUCAGCAAGUAGUGUGUGUGGGGUCUUGUCUGCUCCUAGCUUCUUCUCCAUGUGCUUGCCUGGGAAUUUAGCCUGGGUCAUGGCAGAGAUGAGUGUCCUUACAGCCUCAUCAUGAUGUGAAGAAAUACAGCAGAGCUGUACCUCUCCACCAGUGAUUAAAAACGGUGUUCUUCUUAGCCCUCUAUUGCUUAGCUACAAAAAUGGUUCUUCAGUAGAGUAUGGUUGCCAGCUUUACCAUUUUUUUGGAUGGACCUAGCACUGUUUACUGCAAACAAGGAAACUGGACAGAACAACCGGCUUGCUUAGAUCCAUGCAUUCUUAAUGUAACUGCUAUAAACAGUAACAACAUAGAGUUAAAAUGGAGACAGGAAGAAUUGAUGUUCCUACAUGGUGACCUCAUAGAGUUUGAAUGUAAAGAGGGAUAUGAUUUUCCCCAGACUACCCUUCCAUCUCCUGGGAGGACGCAGUGUAACCAUGGGAGACUGAAAUACCCAAAAUGUGUCGUUAAAGCUCCUAUGGAAAAAUGUGACUCUCCACCUUCUAUUGCAAAUGGGGCUCUUACUCUCCCACCCCUGACCCAGUAUGAGAGUGGUUCUUCAGUUCAGUAUAGUUGCUAUGACUAUCAUUUCUUGCAAGGAUCUGAGAGAAUCUACUGUUCUGCAGGCCAGUGGACUUCACCACCAGUUUGUAUAGGUAGGCAUGAGAAGAUACAUAAGCUUUUAUUUCUCCUAUUGAGAUGCUUUGCAUUUGUAAAUUGAGUAUUGUCAGCUGGAACAUUAAGAUCUUAACUUCAUUUUUUUUCUUUUUUUUUUUUUUUUUUUAUUUAGAGACGACAGCUUUAACAGAUGCAAGAGUAAGAGUUUGGCUCUUGUAUUAGAUAAGUCUGCCAUGUCUGCAGUGUCCAAAAAUACAGUGAUGUCACGUAUAAUAUGUUAAGAGAAUGGGGAAUAAUAACCUGCAUUCUCAGUGUCAAUUCCAGUCACAAU